AUGCGAUCUACAGCCAUCUGGGCUCUGUUGGGCUUCGCGGAGGUAAUUGCCGCUGCGAGUGUGCCGAAAGGAUUUGAGCACCUCACUGUGAGGCGGGCAGACGAGCAUGCGGCCUCGAUGCGCAAGCGAGAAAUCCGCCUACAGAGACAUCAGCGCCAGCUCGAGGCAUACUCGAGGAACACCAUGGACCCGACCAUGAUGGAGAACCAUGCGUCCGUUCUUGACGCCGCGAAGGAGAUGGAGACUUCGGCACUUCGUCGACGGGCCGAUGCUUCCAGUGGUGGCAGUGCGCCGAUGGACGACCUGUACUCGGCUGGUGUGGAUAUCGGGUAUUCCGCGAACGUAUCUGUCGGGACGCCGGGGCAGGUCUUCACCAUGGUACCUGACACUGGGUCUGCCGAUCUUUGGAUUCCCGGCUCCACAUCUGAUGACCCUGGCCACAAUAAGUUCACCACCUCCUCGUCCUCCACCUUUCAGUCGACCUCCCAAAAGUUCUCCGACUCGUACGGUCUCGGAGCAGCCUCAGGCAACGUCGGGCGAGACUCGGUCCAGUUUGCAGGCUUCACAGUGCAAAACAAGACUUUCGGUGUAGCCACUACGCUCGACUCUCAAUUCCAGCAACAGUUCAACGAUGGUAUCAUCGGAAUGUCAUCAUCGGUCUUAUCCAACAUGUCCGCUUACACCUUCUUUGAGGACCUGAUCCAGAACAAGCAAAUCAACAACCCCUACUUCUCCGUCUUCCUCGUCCGCGGCAGGCAGUACUCGAGCGGCGCCACCGAUGCGCUGAUUGGCGGGUCGACCAUCUGCUUGGGCUGCAUGGCUCAGACCACCAAUGUGCAGACCUAUGGUUCAAUGUUCUACGUGCCCAUCACCCUCUUUGCAUUCUAUGAGGUCCAGGUAUCGGGCAUCAGCCUGAAUGGGAAUGCCCUCUCGUCUACCUCCCACCUUGGCAUCAUUGACACGGGAACCACCGACAUGAUCCUCCCCACCCGCGUAGCCGCCGCCAUGAUGGCUCCCGUCAACGGUCAGCUGCAACGAGAUGGGUCGUACAUCGUGCCUGUCUCCAGUAUCGGCACUACCACACAAUUCACCUUCAACUUUGCCCAGGGCAGCAUCAACAUCAACCCUCUCGACCUCAUUGCUGGCUAUGCGGACUCUAGCCGGAGGUACUACCUCAUGAACGUCUACGCCUCCGACACCCAAGACCCCAACGGCUCCCUCAUCUCCAUCCUCGGCGAUGUCUUCAUCAAGAACGCGCUCACCGUCUUCUCAUACUCGCAGAACGGAUCCCCUGCAGUCGGGUUCCAACAGCUCAACGCCAACUCGCAGAGCGACACCAGCAGCGUGGCGAUUGUGACGCAGACGUACAGUCCAGGAGUGGCGACGAGCGGGACAUUCCGCCAGACCGGAACACGGACGGGUGUGACUGUGACGGGGACCCAGGCGACGGCGUCCGGGUCGAGGUCAGGUGCGACGGGCAAGAUGGAUAUGAGGUGGCUGGGGAUGAGCGUGGCGAUGUUGGCGGGUGGUUUGGUCGGGGCUGCGUUCGUAUUGUAG